CCCGCCAGACUCCGCUCACGUAACCCGACUCCGGGCGAGGUUCUCGGUGCCACUCGACCUGAAGUGUCCUGGAAGGGAAGCCAGAGAGCGAACUGCAAACAAAGAAAACCGCCAUGAAGUUCGUUUUGAGGAUCAUUUUGCUGGCGUUUCUCCUCACGGGGACGUUUUCACAAGACGGGUUUGACCUCGGUGAUGCCCUAGAUGAAUCCCCUAAAGAUACGCAGCCAACCCAGAAGCCCAAAGCCCCAGAGCCUAAAAAUGAUGAUACAUUAGAUCUCCUGGAUGCUUUUGGACCAGAUCCUGCACCUAAGAAACCCAAGGAACCCAAAUCUGGAGAUGGAUUAGACCUCUUGGAUGCCUUUGGACCAGAUGAGCCUGUACCUGAGAAGCCCAAGAAACCCAAAUCUGGAGGAAAUGCCGGCUUUGACUUGGAAGAUGCACUUGGUCCAGAUGACCCCAAAAAACCUGCCGUAAACCCAGGUGGAGGAGGUGGCGGCGCCUUCAGCGACUCAGACUUGAUGGACAUUGGAGGCUACAAGCCCGAUGGAGGUCAGUCCAGUGGAGGAAACUCUGGCUAUGACUCAAACGGUGGCGCCGAGCAGCCUAAAGAGAGUUCCGGAGCAAUCGCGGCAAUCGCCAGCAGCAUCGGAGUGGCUCUGUUGGGCGCGGCGUCCAGUUACUUUGCCUACCAGAAAAAGAAACUCUGCUUCAAGCUGCAGGGAGGGCAAGACCCGGAGAGUGGGAAACACCAUGGUGGCAACCAGUCUGACAAUCAAGUUUCCAGCAACUUGAUGAGGAAUUCUUAGACUCCCAGCCCUACACAAGAAGAAGCUGGAUCAUGGAGCCUCUUUGUGAGACAUCAAUGAUCGUAAUGCCCCUCGAAAAUGUACCCCCUAAUAUCCAGCACGCGGUCCAAACAUGAGCCACAGGAUUGUUUAUUGACAACAUUAAAUUACUGGCCGUCGAUUUAGCUGCCUCGACACCUCGUUCGCGUGAGUGAUGACUUGCGGCGGCUUCCUUCAGCUGCACCCCAUUUUAAUACGACACAGAAACAAGCUGACACCUUGAUCCGGGAACAUUUGUAAAUUCUGGUGUCUGAUGAACACAUUUGAUAACAGAAGAAGAUCCAAGUCCGCAUGUACACAGGCACACACGAGAGUCCUGCAUAUCUCCUAUGCACAUCCACUAUACACACAGUCUCACACGUGAGACUUGAACUGUAGUGCUGUAAACAGGAAGUGGAACGUCUAAGGGAUAACUCAUUCUUGAGCGCCUUAUUGGCACGCUGAUCACCAGGUUUGACUUGAGGGUUAUUGAGGGCAGUUAUUUUCUGCUGGACAAAAGGUGCUUUUGCUCCCCAGUAAACAGGUCUCCUUUACUUAUCCCAUAAUAAUGAACUCAAAGUGGCCGACCUGUUCACAUGUGCACUGGAGGUCUCUUUGUGGCUGCAUGGACGCACAAAUACUAAAGCUGUCUUCCUCAUUUUUGUACUUCUGUCUCCCAAACCCCAACCUGUGCUACUAAAUGAUUAGCCGUCAAAAGUGCAUGUGUCAGCGUUAAAAUACAACUCAACAAGAGUCUGUUCCUCUCCCUGAAUCAUCAUUGUUGACAGGAUGAAAUACGAGGAGCAACAGGUUUUGUUUGGUCUCUUAACUUCCUGUCCCGUGUUUCGUGAGCUGCAUUUCAUGUUUUUGUGUCUGGACUUAUUAUCCAGCAGAAGGAGCUUUGUGUUUAUUACAACCAUAGGAUGAAUGUCAUCAGUCUGUCAGUGUCAAUAGAGGGUCUUUUGAGUCACAUCAUUUUGUAUCAGUUAUUUUGUUGUUAUUGUAAGGUUGCAGUGAUGAUUUUUUUUAUUUUUUGAGCGACUUGCAAUAUUGCAAAUGUUGGUCAAAUUAGGGAUGGGCGAUAUUGAGAAAAAAACUAAUCUCAAUAUGUUUCUGCUAUAUCUGGAUAUACAAUAUGUAUCUCGAUAUCUAUGCAGGGGACAGAAAAUAGAUCCUUUUCGUACAUAAGCUGCACCGGUCUAUAAGCCGCAGGUGCACUGUUGCUGUCUGUGCCGCAGACAGCAACAGUGCACGUUGCUAGAAGUGAUGCACGAGGAUCACUUCUAGCGAUCCUCUUGUUCUAGUUUUGAAAUCGGGUCCAACAUCGAGACUGACUCAUGAAACAAUCUCCGUAAUGUCCUGAACUUGAAUCAUGAACUCCUCACAUCCUAUUUACAUACAAGCGCUGUUUACCCUCCUGUGGAUCGUCUCUGUUGGCAGAGCUGCGGACACGCGGGCGAAAACAGCGCAAUUUGAGUUCUUUAAAGGUAAAUAAAAUGCCCGUGAUGUCAUCCGUUUGCUGUGACGAGGCUCAAUAUUGUUGCCAGCAUGACGCUAUUUAGACUGUAAAAAUGAGGGAUGCUCCGAGAGACAGGGUGAGCACUCAGCGGAAGCAGCUUUCUUCUUCAGGUCUUUCAUGAAAAUUCCCACUCUGGACGUUUGCAAAGGUUUCAGGUUCAGGUGGUCAAAGGACGCUGCAUCUGACGCACACAAAACGGCAGCGGAUGAUUCCGUCUUAAAGCGACACCUUAGAAAGGCUGGUCAUCUGGCUCGGUGGAAUUAAUGAUUAUUUCUUGGGCAAUAUGCUUCGCGUUCCGAAUGUCACACUCAGACCAACGAGUGUCCAUGAGUGACAGCUGCUUCCUGCAGUUUCACCUUCAUGAGCAAAUCUCGAUUUAUCGCCCAAUCUUAGGUCAAAUAUUAGCCAUAGUUUCAUUCGUGCCGUUUGUCUCCUAGCGGUGGCGUAGUGAAUUGCAGUCUCAUAUUGAUUUUUAUUUUUUUUUCAAUUGAAUAUUUCAAGUUAAUUUCAAAUUUGCGCCUGGUGGAAAUGCAUGUUACCCGAAACUGAAUGCAAGUGAUGUUUGUCAUGUUGUUCUUUUUAAAUAGUCGCAACAGAAGAGAAGGUUUUGCAGAUGAUGCACAUGUAUCUUUAGUUUUGUUCUCCAAUGAUUUCACUGUUAAAAUGAAUAUCUGAGGUGAUUCUUCUGACAUGCUGCUUUGUGAGCUGUAAAUACUGUAACGUGCACAGACAUCUGCUUAAACGCCUUUCAGAGUUACUAUCAAACUGCGUCAACCGUUUUGGCUUUUUGUUUGUUGGUGAAUGUCUUAAAUAAAAUGGUGUCGUACA